AUGCCCUACACAGAGAGACCAAGUCUAAUAUACAAGAAGCCCACGCCCGAAAAACCGCCUGCCGUGGCCCCUGGCGCAACAUCAACAACAACAACCACGAUGAGCUCCGUGUCCGGCAGUCCUGACGCAGCAGACGAUGGCGGUACAAGUACCAGCAAAAAAAGCAGCAAAAAACCUGCGCGGUUCUGGAUGAUUAUCGUGGCACUAAGCCUGCUGGCUUUUCUCUCGUCGCUCGACGCCAUGAUUAUCGGAACAGCACUGCCGACCAUCACGGCCGAGAUCGACGGCGCCUCCGUUUACGUGUGGAUCGCCAACUGUUUUGUCUUUGCCGCGUCUGCAGUACAGCCGCUCAUCGGGCAGCUGGCCGACAUAUUGGGCCGGAAGAUGCCCACUGUCGGGUGUGUUGUGCUGUUCACUGUCGGCAGCGGUAUCGCUGGCGGUGCGGCAAAUGCCGCCAUGUUCAUCGUCGGGCGAGUGAUUCAGGGGGUCGGCGCCGGUGGUAUCUAUGUUCUUAUCGAUAUUGUUGUUUGUGACUUGGUACCGCUCCGAAACCGUGGCAAAUGGCUGGCCAUCAUCAACGCCUGGGCGGGAGUGGCGGCAGCCCUGGGUCCGGUGUUGGGCGGUGCCCUUGGUCAGCACAACUGGAGAUGGAUUUUCUACAUGAAUCUUCCUAUCUGCGGGAUUGCACUUCUCACCAUCCUGCUGUUCAUGCACGUCAACCGCGGCGAUUCGGCACUUGGCAUUUCCUCGCUUGACGUGAUCGGCAACCUUAUCUUCAUUCCAAGCAUCAUUUCGGUGCUCAUCGGCCUGGUGACCGGUGGCGUCGUACACCCAUGGUCAUCAUUCCGCGUCAUUGUGCCCAUCGUCCUCGGUGCUAUCGGCUGGAUAUGCUUUCACUUGCACCAACACUUUCUUGCCAGCAACCCGAGCAUCCCUUCCCGGCUUUUCAGCAACCGCACCUCGGCCACCGCCUACAUCUUAUCCUUCCUGUCAUCCGUGCUCUUGCAGACUGCCGGUCUUUUCCUGCCCGUCUACUUCCAGGCCGUGCUCAACACCACCGUCAUGGAUUCGGGCGUGUAUUUUCUACCGUUCGCCAUCGGCACCUUGUUUUUUGCAGCCAUGGGAGGUGUGUUGUUGAGCUCUUUCGGCGCCUACAGACCUAUCCACGCCGUCUCCUUCGCCCUAAGUGCUGUCGGCUUCGCUCUAUUUACGUUACUCCAGUCCAACACCCCCAAGGUCUCGUGGGCUUGGUUCCAGCUUAUCAUGGUCAUGGGGCUGGGUCCGACGGUAUCAACCGUGCUCCCGGCCAUUCUCGUCGGUCUUCGGCAGUCGGAUGUUGCCGCUGCCACGGCCGCUUUCUCCUUUAUCAAGACUUUCGGUUUCGUCUGGGGCGUGACAAUACCGUCCAUCAUCUUCAACGGCGUGUUCGACAGCAAUCUGCCGCUCAUAUCGUCGGCAGAGUUGCGGAGCCAGCUUGCCAACGGUGGAGCAUACGCCUUUGCCAGCCAAGCUAACAGUCUUGCGCCCACGGCAGAUCCUGUCUUGUGGAGCGAGAUCGUGCAGGUAUACGUAACCAGUUUGAAGGCUGUAUGGUGGUGGGGACUUGGUCUUAGCAUUUUGGCCACGUUUUUGGUUGCCAUUGAAGACCACCUGGACAUGUCUACCGAACUCGAGACAAAAUACGGGCUCCAAGAGAGCGGGACGGAGGGGAAGAAGAUCGAUAGGCAAGCGCAAGUCGACUCGGUCGGAGACUCGGAUACUGCCCCCGGUUCAUUUCGAUGGAAGGCUGGAUCAUGA